AUGUCUACCCCGAGGCCGCGUGACCGCCGGUCACUGCGCAACUCGGGUGUUGGGACGAGUACUCCGUCUGGAGAAACAACAUUGACAGGACUUCAGCGUCUCCCCAGUCACACGCGCUACCCUCUUACGCCGAGUCGACUCGUCACAACUGCGACUCCGUCCGGCCAGCGGUCAGCUUCUCGACUCACACCUCGGGCUAGAGCUUCGAUCGCCCCGUCAACGCCAUAUGGGCUUCGCGCUCGACAGCAGCGAGCUGCAAACACUCCAGGUCGCGACCGUCGCCGAAGUGGUCGCAUGCAGCGUGAGACUACUUUUGAUAUCCUCAAGAACCUCGGGAAAGCACUCGCGCCCGUUUCCAGACCGAUCCAAUCCUCGCCCCAGGAUGAGCCGCAGCCCGAGGAGGCUCCUAUAGAUGAGUUCGAGCAAAUGGAUAACGAGCCAGAGGAGGCGCCACCGCGACUAUCUCUCCCGAUCCAGGGAUCAGAGGAGGGAAGCGACGAACCAACCCCGCCACCGCGGAUGUCUGCUGCCUUUGAUGAUGAUAUCACUUACCGCUCUGUUGAAUACCCGCGCAAAGAGAUGAGCGAGAGAGACCGAGAUAGAUUGUCAAUGUACAGUCGCGCUGGGAGGUUGAGCGAGGACUUCCGCGCUCCAUUAUAUAGUGAAUCUGAUGCAGGCGAAGGAACGCGCAUCCUCGGUGGUGACGACGAGGCCGACGAUACGAUGAUCAGUGGAGGUGACUUUGCCCAAGGUGGAGAAACGGAGGAUCUGGGCCGGUUCCAUUUCGAUCUGGACUUUCCAUCUCCAAAUGCACCUGCGAUUGAUGAUCCCAUGAUUGAAAACCAGGGCGAAGGGGAAGGAUUCGAGUUAACUGCAGGAGAUAUCCAACCGAUCCCUAGGACACCUCCAUCAGAUGAUGAUAAUGAUGUCGGUGGUGGCUUUGGUUUCGGCCUCGACUUAGCCCCGCCAGCAUCCCCGAGCGAGAGCCCGGGAAUUGUUGGAGGCGGCUUGCGAGAUGAGGGUGCAGCCGUGCAGACCAAGCAGAAGAAAAUUUCCAGACAUGGAAUUCCUAUUCCGAACUUGCCCGCAGGAGUGGUCAAGAAGCUGGCCACCCGUUUCGCGCAUACGAAAGGCGGAUCAAAGGCGAAGAUCAACAAAGCCGCAAUGGCUGCAAUCGAACAGGCGUCUUCAUGGUACUUUGAGCAGGUCAGCCAGGAUCUGGCUGCAUACUCCAAGCACGCGGGACGCAAGACUAUUGACGAGAGCGACGUCUCAACGCUCAUGAAAAGGUUGGUUUUGCUGCAUGUCCAUGAUCGAAAUGGUUUGCUGACUACCCCCAGGCAACGUCAUAUCAACAGUUCGACGACGAUGUUCUCCUUGGCUCAGAAGCAUUUGCCCAAGGAGCUUCAGCAGGAUAUGAGACUGGCUAUGCCUCCAUGA